AUGGUUUUGGACACCAACUCCAGCCAAUCUACAUUCUUCUUAAUUGGCAUUCCCGGGCUAGAAGCUGCCCACCCCUGGGUGGGCAUCCCCUUCUGCCUUAUGUAUCUGGUGGCGCUUUUAGGAAACUGCGCGCUCCUGCUCGCCAUCCGACUAGAUCCCUCCCUGCACAACCCCAUGUUCUACUUCCUGGGCAUGCUGGGCGUUAUCGACGUGGUCAUGGCUACAUCUGUGGUACCCAAAAUGCUUGACAUCUUCUGGAUGGGGUCUCCCAAGAUUGACUUCAAUGCCUGCCUCGCCCAGAUGUUCCUUAUCCAUUCCAUCACAGCUAUGGAAUCGGGGGUCUUGUCGGCCAUGGCCUUCGAUCGCUACGUUGCCAUCGGCCACCCACUGAGAUAUGAGGCGAUCUUAACUCCCCAGAGGGUGGCCCAGAUAGGCCUAGCUGUUCUGAUUCGAGGAAUCCUUUUCAUGGUGCCUUUAAGCUGCAUGGUGAGACGCUUGCCGUACUGUGCUUCCAAAUGGAUCCCUCAUUCCUACUGCGAGCACAUGGCGGUGGUGAAACUGGCCUGCGUGGAUCCUGCUUCCAGCCACAUCUACGCCAUGGUGGGAUCCACCCUGAUAGUGGGGAGCGACACUGCCUUCAUUGCCGUUUCGUAUGGGCUGGUGCUCAGAGCCGUGAGAAAGCUGAGCGAGAAGACGGAGCAGCUCAAAGCCUUCAGCACGUGCACUUCUCACAUCUGUGUGAUGUUGCUCUAUUACCUCCCAGGCAUGGCUUCCAUUUACAUCCAGCGCUUUCCUCAAGGCACGCCUCCACAUAUCCAGGUGCUGCUGGCGGACCUCUAUCUCAGCCUCCCGCCCAUGUUGAACCCCAUUAUUUACAGCAUCCGAAUGAAGCAGGUGCGCAAGGCACUCUGCAAAGUAUUUCCCUUUGCCAAAGGUCGAGUUGGAUGA